CUACGAUUUCGCUGUCGCGUUCCGCGGGAUGCCGACGAGCUGCGUGGCCUUUGGCUGCCGGAGUUGGCACCGGCCAGGAGACAAGAAAAGCUAUUUUCGAUUCCCUUCGAAGAAACUGUUCCCUCAUCGAAGAGCGGCCUGGAUCCGAGCAGUGAAGCGAGUGCUCCCGUCAGACCCAAACAAGGCUUGGGAGCCAAGUAAGGAGUCGCGAAUAUGCGAGGAUCACUUCGUAACAGGGGAUCCAUCACUGGACUACAGCCACCCUGACUACGUGCCGACUGUAUUCACUUACGUGAAGAACCGGCCGUCGGUCCUCGGCCGCUACGGACGGUGGAAACAUCGUUUGUCGACGGGGGCUGCUGUCAAAAAAAGGAUUGUGGCCCAAAUAACCGCUCCAGUUCCUGCAAGCACUCAACAUGGGGCACCUCAGCCAGCAGCCGGUUCUUCUCCAGCUGCAGCCCGACCUUCCGCAGCUGCAGCCAGACCUUCCACAGCUGCAGCCGGACCUUCCACAGCUGCAGCCAGACCUUCCGCAGCUGCAGCCGGACCUUCCGCAGCUGCAGUCAGACCUUCUGCGGCUGCAGCCAGACCUUCUGCGUCUGCAGCCGGACCUUCCGCGUCUGCAGCCGGACCUUCCGCAGCUGCAGCACAACCUUCUGCGGCUGCAGCCAGACCUUCUUCCGCAGCUGCAGUCAGACCUUCUGCGGCUGCAGCCAGACCUUCCGCAGCUGCAGCUAGACCUUCUGCGGCUGCUGCCGGACCUUCCGCGGCUGCAACCAGACCUUGCGUACCUGCGGCUCGACCUUCCACAGCUACAGCCGGGCCUUCGACAGCAGCAGCAGCUGGGCCUUCCAGAGCAGCAAUCCCACUUGUGGCACAAGCAAGAGCAUCCCUGGUCGUUGGUCCCCUUACAGGAGAGACCAGCAUCCCGGAACAUUGCCCGCCCCUCCUGGACAAUGGGCAUGGAGCCCAGACAAGCACUCCAUGUGUCCAGCAAACCAUCGAAGGUGCUCAUGCUUGCUGUUACUUGUGCAGCAGGCAGCUGUCACAGUUCAUGUCGCUAAAUCAUUCGGCAUAA